UCAAAUAGAUGCAAAUAGUUAAUGAACUAUGUCAUGAUGUAUGUUCUUGAGUGUUGACUGGUUUAGCUUCUAAACUGUUGCACUGACAUUUGUAUUAUUGAGUGGAAAACUGUCAGAGUUUGCAGCUUUCUGGUCAUGUUGAAAAGGAUUUUCAUUGAGCAACUUAGUUCAUUCAGUAGCAACAGAUUACCUAGAACAACAAACAUCUGCAAAUCAAGUAUUUGUUUGAAGGUGGUUCAGUGUUAAGUGUAAUUUUACCUCUGUUGCUCCUAGACAUCACACCACGACCAACCAUUAAAAAACAUGAGUGGUUUGAGUUAUUCUACACUGAAGAGAAAGUCCAGCUUGAUUGUAACAUGCCAGAAGUACGUUGGGAAUACCGAUGGUAUAAAGACACAAGUUCUGAUCACAAGAAUCUGAUCACAGAUUCAGAAUUCACCAUCGACGCAGUAUCUCUGACUGAUGCUGGAAACUAUCACUGCAAAGCAAAGAGAGGAGACUUCUCAGUGGACAGUGAGACUCUGCGAGUGCGAGUUCAAGCUCGUCCACCUGCAUUUCUGAGAAUGGAGACUGAACUGAGCGACAUCAUGACUGGGGAUGUGACUCUGAGGUGUAACGUCUCAGACGGCAGACAGUGGAACUACACCUGGUUCAUGAAUGAACAGGAGCUCAAUGGAUCCUCAGAUGUACUCAAAGUGACAGGAAAUGAAGAAACAAUCGAAAGUGAAUUCAAGUGCAAGGGAAUAAACACAGAGAGACCACUGUACUCCGAUCUAAGUGAUGGCUUCAUAGCGAAUAAUAUUAUUUUUAAAAGAAAGAUACUGCUGGCCAUCUCAGGAAGUCUCGUCUGUUGUAUUGUAAUCCUGAUCAUUGGAUGCAUCGUUCUAAAAAUCACCCGUAAACCAGAGGUAAAAGAAACAGCACCAGAGGAUUUGUUUUUCUCAAUGACAGACUCCAAGAACAAAACUAUUUCACCCAUGAAGGAGUACAUGGACAACAGAUCAACAGAGCUGGAGGAAUGUCAGGAAAAAGCAGAACUGAUCGCUGACCGUGUUUCAGCUGUUCAUGAGGAUGGUGUGAUUAAAGAUGAAGACACACCAGCAUCAGAAGCCAAUGGCCUGACAUCAUUCAAAGGACUCUGUGAAUAAUUUCGCCAGCAAUCAACAUGCACUGAGGCACAGCUUAAUGACAUAUGCUCAUUUUAAAACGACUGCAUUAGUACUUUGUCUAGCAGGAGCUGCACUUUUGUACACUUUUAUAAGCUGAAAACCAGCUUGUUUGCAAAUUUAAAACAAAAACAAACAACAAAAUGUAGAACUGCAGUAUUGUAGAGACCUACUGUUGUAAAUGAAGACAGUGAUUUUAUGGGGAGAUGAAUAACAGACGGUAAGAAAUAACAAUGUUCAGAAGUAAUAAUAAUAAGUUAUUUCUGUACAUAUCUGUACAUAACCAUAAUAUCUGUUUCAUAAUGCACAUAUUACAACACAACAAUACAGAGAGCAAAAAAGAAAAAAAGAAAAUAAAUGUUGAUUAUAAUACAUUCACUGGAUUAUUUUACAACAGUAAUUUAUUUCCAUAUUGAAAAAAAAAGCUUUUAUUUUUGUCCUCUGUAUGAUUUCCAUAUGCUUACAUUUUAUUUAUUUUAUUUUUUUUUUGAAGGUAUUUUGUUAAAACUAUUGUUUUUCUUUCUAUUAAGAUUAAGUGUUAUGG